ACUGAUGCGCACUGAUAGGCGGCACUGAUGAACACUGAUAGGCGGCACUGAUGCACAUUGAUAGGCGGCACUGAUUGGCAGCACUGAUAGAUGGCAUUGAUUGGCAUUGAUAGGUGGCACUGAUGGGUGACACUGAAAGGCAGCUCAGAUGGGCAUUGAUAUGUGGCAUUGAUGUGCCCUGGUUGGCACUGAUAUGGUGGCACUGCUUGGGCUACACAGAUCAUCAGGGCACACUGAUCAAUAGUGCUCUGAUGAUCACUGUCAGCGUGACAGCUCGAGAGGAGAGAAAUGCCGAUAACCGGCAUUUUCCUGUUUACAUGUGAUCAGCUGUGAUUGGA